AUGCCUAGAGUACGUAUGCGAUCUGAUGCACCUCAAUUUUCACCUGAAGAUUAUUCAUAUAUUAUACAAUGUCGUGAUAUGAAAUCAAGAUAUAAAAUUUUAAAUGAGUUGAUGGGUAAGUAUAAAACAUCGACAAAACAUAUUUAUCAAAUUUGGAGAGGAGAAGAAUUUAAUAGAGUUCUUUGGGAUCAACCUAUACCUCACUUAUAUGAUAAUGAUGAUGACUCUAAGCAUGAUACCAAUAUAUCAAAUCCUAUUGGAAAUAUAUUUCAUAUAGAGUCCCAG